GGGGCCUGGGAGGAGACAAAGCCGGGAAGAGUUAAAAAGCCUUGACUCUGCCCCUGGUCGCCGGUGCGAAGGUUGUGGCGGAUGCUGAGCUAGCAGCGGCUGAGUUGGGACAGUUGGUGUGCGUACGGACGUGAGCGGGGUUAUUGAAGUAAAAAUGUCCAAAAAAAUUCAUGGCGGCUCUGUGGUGGAGAUGCAAGGAGAUGAAAUGACACGAAUCAUUUGGGAACUGAUUAAAGAAAAACUCAUUCUUCCCUAUGUGGAACUGGAUCUGCACAGCUAUGACUUAGGCAUAGAGAAUCGUGAUGCCACCAAUGACCAGGUGACCAAGGAUGCUGCAGAAGCUAUAAAGAAGUACAAUGUUGGUGUCAAAUGUGCGACUAUCACCCCGGAUGAGAAGAGGGUGGAGGAGUUCAAGUUGAAACAAAUGUGGAAAUCACCAAAUGGCACCAUCCGGAACAUUCUGGGUGGCACUGUCUUCAGGGAAGCUAUUAUCUGCAAAAAUAUCCCCCGACUGGUGUCAGGCUGGGUAAAACCCAUUAUCAUUGGGCGUCAUGCUUAUGGAGACCAGUACAGAGCAACUGAUUUUGUUGUUCCGGGGCCUGGAAAAGUAGAGAUAACCUACACACCAAAAGAUGGAACUCAAAAGGUGACAUACGUGGUGCAUAACUUUGAAGAAUGCGGCGGUGUUGCCAUGGGCAUGUACAACCAGGAUAAGUCAAUUGAAGAUUUUGCACACAGUUCCUUCCAAAUGGCUCUGUCCAAGGGCUGGCCUUUGUAUCUAAGCACCAAAAACACUAUUCUGAAGAAGUAUGAUGGACGCUUCAAAGACAUCUUUCAGGAGAUCUAUGACAAGCAAUACAAAUCCCAGUUUGAAGCUCAGAAGAUCUGGUAUGAGCAUAGACUCAUUGAUGACAUGGUGGCCCAAGCCAUGAAAUCAGAGGGAGGCUUCAUCUGGGCCUGUAAAAACUAUGAUGGUGAUGUACAGUCAGACUCAGUAGCCCAAGGUUAUGGUUCCCUUGGUAUGAUGACCAGUGUGCUGAUUUGUCCAGAUGGUAAGACAGUAGAAGCAGAGGCUGCCCAUGGCACUGUCACACGUCACUACCGCAUGUACCAGAAAGGACAGGAGACAUCCACCAACCCCAUUGCUUCCAUUUUUGCCUGGACCCGAGGGUUAGCCCACAGAGCAAAGCUUGAUAACAAUACUGAGCUGAGCAUCUUUGCAAAGGCUCUGGAAGAAGUCUGCAUUGAGACCAUAGAGGCUGGCUUUAUGACUAAGGAUUUGGCUGCUUGCAUUAAAGGCUUACCCAAUGUUCAGCGUUCUGACUACUUGAAUACCUUUGAGUUCAUGGACAAACUUGGAGAAAAUUUGAAGACCAAACUAGCUCAGGCCAAACUUUAAGGUCAAACCUGGGCUUAGGCGGACAAGUCUUCAUGGUAACUAAGUUCACAGGUUUACAUUUUUUUUUAAAAUAACACUUAAGGAUAAAAACAAAAAUCAUUUUGUAAUUUGUUCAGAAGACAAAGUUGAAAUUUUCUAUGUGUUUACAGGCUUUUUCUUUUUCAUACAGUUAUUGCCACCCUAAUGAACAUGGUGGGGACUUUUUUAAAAUUGUACUUUAUUGCGUGGUAGCAGGAAUUGUGUUAGUGCCCAUUUACAUUACCUGUCACUUUUUCCUUGCUCUAAUAUAAAUGACCAAAAUAAGACGUGCUGGAAAAGGUGAACAAUAGCUACAGUAUGUUCCCUGUAAGGGAGGAAAGGAGAGCCACUCCCUCCCCUGUUGUGUGAGCACUGGGGGCUUUCGUGUGCAAAUGUUACACUGUGUGGGAGAGCUGUGCACUGAGCUCACACAAGACUUGAACAAAUAGAAUGUAUGUAGCUGAAAUGCAUGGCAGCCAUGUUUGUAAAGAGCAUCUAUGUGUCCAAAAUAUUAAGUAAUAUUUUAAGGCCACUGGAGAAUUCCACCUGUAGACUAAAUGCAGACUGGAGGUUUGCCCUCUUUGAUUUCAUUUCCUCCUGUGUCCUAGCUUAAGUAUUACCUACCCCACAUAGCACAUUUCAUCCAUGUGUAAUAAGGGAAGCCGAACCUUUUUUGGAUUUCUGCUGGCCUGUUUCAUUUAUUUUAUAUAAAUGUGAUUUUUUUCAGAAGUUGAUAUUGAACACUAUUCCUGUCCAGUCAUUCUAAACUGUUAAUUUUAAUUAAAAUUAAGUAUUAAUGAUU